AGCAACAAUUCGCCAGAGCGGCCUAAUUUAAAUAAUUUUGUUUUAAUAGUUUUUCAUUUGCGCAAUAUUUUUGGCUUAACCGCUAUGUGUGCACACGACCCUAUUACGUUUUAUAUCAUGUAAUAUUCAGAUAUAAUAAUGUAAUAUAGAACAAUAAUAAUACGUAUCAUGUACCGUCUAUAGAUAUAUUUUUCAAAUAAUCCAUGUUUGUGGUUUGUGUUAUCAAUGUUUAUGUUUACAUGUGCUCACGGUUAUCACGGCGUAGAUAAGAAAACCGCGGCCCGUGCACGUGCCAAAGCGCUUCAAACCUCUGCGCGCCGUUUAGUGCUUCCGAAGUUCCGCUACAGAUAUUUCAAAGUAGUUACUAUAACACAAAUAACAAAUCUGAAAUCACAGUGCAAGCAUGAGUCUGGUGUCGCUGAACGAGGCGGAAAAGGUGUACAUUAUUCACGGAGUCGAGGAAAAUUUCCGAUGUGACGGACGCAGUCGACAAGACUACAGGCCAUUGGAAUUGGAAAUGGACAUUGUGAGCAACGCUAAUGGGUCGGCUCGCUUGCGAUUAGCCAACUCUGAUAUUUUAGUGUGCGUAAAAGUGGAGAUUGACACUCCACUUCCAGAAGCUCCUAAGGAUGGCAAAAUAGAAUAUUUUGUAGAUUGUUCGGCCAACGCAACUCCAGCAUUUGAAGGACGUGGCGGUGAACAUUUAGCUGCUGAACUCAGUCGCUUUCUUUGCUUAGCUCAUGGUCCAGUAUUUAACCUGAGCAAAUUGUGUAUUGUUCCUGGACAAUCAUGUUGGAAAUUGUUUGUCGAUGUUCUGAUCUUAGAAUGUGGAGGAAACUUAUUUGAUGCCGUAUCAUUGGCAGCUAAAGCUGCUUUGUGUAACACGAGUCUACCAAAUAUUGUGGGGACAUAUGAGGAUGGGCAAAAUAUCGAUCUACAGAUAUCUGAUGAUCCAUUCGAUACAAAACCACUAGAUGCCAGUGACUUACCUGUCUUGGUGUCCAUGUGCAAAAUUGGCAACAGUUAUGUGGCUGACCCUACUAUAGAGGAGGAAAUAUGUGGUGCAGGAUGUAUUGUUGUAUCAGUCACGCCCAAAGGAAAUGUAACGGCUGUAUUAAAAAAAGGAGCUGGAAGCUUUAUGCCGGAUACGUUAAACGAAAUCAUUAUGUCUGGUUCACACAUUGGUAUUCUGUUGAAUAAAGCGCUCAAUGAAACUCUUAUUCAAGACAUGUCCAGUAAUGUUUGUAAGCAACAAUAUGGUUUCCUUAAAUGAAUAAAAAUUAAAGAAUAUA